GUUCGAAGCAUUUUUGAAAUUCCACGAGAAAGUCAGUCGCGAUGGCCCGCACGAAGCAAAACACUCGGACGUCCACGGGCGGCAAAGCCCCGCACAAGCAACUUGCUGCGAAGAAGACGAGCCGAAAGCAGACCCCUCUCUCUGGGGGCAUCAAGAAACCCCACAGAUAUCGCCCAGGGACCGUUGCGUUGCGUGAAAUCCGCAAGUACCAAAAAACGACCGAACUCUUGCUCCGAAAACUGCCGUUCCAGCGUCUUGUGCGCGAAAUCGCGCAGGAUUACAAGACGGAUCUUCGAUUCCAGUCCACGGCGAUCAUCGCGUUGCAAGAAGCGACCGAAGCGUACCUUGUCGGUCUCUUUGAAGACUCCAACUUGUGUGCAAUCCAUGCCAAGCGAGUCACGAUUAUGCCCAAAGACAUUCAACUUGCCCGUCGUAUCCGAGGCGAACGAGCUUAGGUGAAUGUAUUCAAUGUGUAGGAAUGACCUAUGCACAUGCAUAAAUAUACUGUCCCAUGUAGCAUGGCGAGUAAGGACUACGCGUCGCUUUGAGGCGUCGUGACAAGCGCGAGGGGUCCCCUCGUCAGAUGCAGGGUCCAUAUGCUUGACGUUGGAGGCUUCCUAACUCUUUACCAAGGUGAAGACGUGAGGGGGGUCAGCAGAAGCUCGCCAGCGACUUUGGUUUGUGGGGACAUUGCCAGUGCCCCGUGAGCUUUAGAUAUAUCCAUUACACUCACUGGACACUUUCCCGACUGCC